UCUGGAACUUGUGUCCAGACCACCGCCAAACUGGCCAUGGCUGCAGCAAUUGCCAGCUCCCUCAUCCGGCAGAAAAGGCAGGCGAGGGAGCGGGAGAAAACCAAUGCCUGCCGCUGCGUUAGCAGUCCGAAUAAGGCCAAGGGAGCUUCUGAGAAGCCCAGUCGCUUGAGCGUCUUUUCCCGCGUCAAACUCUUUGGCUCCAAGAAGAGGAGGCGGCGGAGGCCAGAACCCCAACUGAAGGGCAUCGUGACGAAGCUCUACAGUCGCCAGGGCUUCCACUUACAGCUACAGGCGGAUGGAACCAUCGAUGGGACAAAAGAGGAAGACAAUGGCUACACCAUUUUCAACCUUAUACCCGUGGGGCUACGAGUGGUGGCCAUUCAGGGGGUUCAGACCAAACUCUACCUGGCCAUGAACAGUGAAGGCUUCCUAUACACAUCAGAACACUUUACACCGGAGUGUAAGUUCAAGGAGUCGGUGUUUGAGAACUACUACGUGACGUACUCGUCGAUGAUCUACCGGCAGCAGCAGUCGGGACGGGGCUGGUACCUCGGCCUGAACAAGGAGGGCGAGAUCAUGAAGGGGAACCACGUGAAGAAGAACAAGCCAGCAGCCCACUUCCUCCCAAAACCCCUGAAAGUGGCCAUGUACAGGGAGCCCUCCCUCCACGACCUGACGGAGUUCUCUCGCUCCGGCAGUGGCACGCCCACCAAGAGCCGAAGUGCGUCCGCCAUGCUCAACGGCGGCAAGGCGGUGAGCCAGAACGAGUCCACGUAGCCCGGCUCCGGCCCAGAGUAACAAAAGAAACAACCAACCCAGGCACCAAACCACGAAUACCUUACCUCCAGCAGAGCGUGCAUCCAAGCCGAAUUCGUCGAUCUCCGAUCAGUGAUUCAGGGCUAGUUACAGCAGAACAUCACACAUCACCCACACACACUUACGUACACACACCCACACACACACCCGCCAUCAUCUGACAAAACAAUUGGCACACUAUCAUGGUCAGUCUUCAUUCCUUCUGAAAGAAAAAAAAAGAGAAAAAAAAAAAGACAUCAUUUGUAAACCAUAUAUGAAACAUUGUAGAGAAAAACAACUGCCCUCAGGGGCUUGCAUAUUUCUUCCUUCUAUUGGUCUAUCUAUAUUUAGUGAUGACUGGUAAGCUCAUCUUAAUAUCUCCUUGAUAUCGUUUCAUCUUAUCGUCUUUUGGACAACCACUUUUUCUUUGUUAGUCUCACUUAGGUCAUUGAGACACAAACCAUUUUGGGAGACAGUAACUGGAGGCGAAGGGAAGACGCUGCCAAGGGCAGCCGGUAAAUGGGUAUAAAACCCUGGUGUGGCAUGGGGGGGCGAAGCAGAGACAGGUACACGACGCAGUAGUACCCAUGGCCAUAGCCUCCCCCACCCCCUCCUCCCCCCCCCUCUCCCCGAUCAAGCUUCCUGUGAGUAGGAAGCCUGUAGCCCCCACGACCCCCCACUGCGGCACAGCCUUGCGUAGAAGGGGCGGCGGCUAGCCCAGACGGUAGCUCUCGUGCGCUUCUCAUGCACAUGCACGUGCUCGGAGACUCGGCUCACUAGCAUGGGAAUAGAAAGAACUAGGAGGAAAACAAUGAUUAGAUCCCUGUGUUGAGCUGACGUGACUUGUAAAGGGAUACUGCAGUUGUUCUCGCCGUUCUGUUUGAUUAUUGAUUUGUACGCCACGGCCGCACCUUGCUUUUGCUAAUUUUCAAUUUGUAUUAGCCGAGAACUGUUUAUUUUUAUUAAUAUCGACCCCGGUUCCCCUCGCAGCCCUCGCAGUAUUCAUGUUUUAUUCAUGUUUGUUACGUCGCUGUUCCGCCAUGACAAUGGGUUCCAGCACACAAAAGACAGAACAGAAACAGAGUGUCCCUUUAAAGCAGUAAUAAAACUAAAAACCCAAGCCAGUGCAGAGCCGCAGCUCGGCUUCCUUUUCCUUUUGCCGUCCAGUCGUAUCGCGUUUGAUGAGGGAAAUAUUAAGGCGUUUAAAUAAUGAUGAAGUGAGGAUCUGGAAGAUGGAGGGAUUUUGAAGCUGUUUGACGUGGUGACAGUUGGUUGCUCAAGUGUUGCGGAAGCUUUCGUCGGUUGGUGCGAGUUCAGUGUUGUUCCCAUUUCCCUUGUGUUUUUCCUGCGUCGAGAUGUCCGUCCUUCCGCCCUCAUGUCCCUGUGGUGUGUCUCUCCCCCCCCCCCGUGCUUGUGUUAACCUCUGACCCCCUCUGUCCCCCCUCCCCCCUCCUUCCCAACUUUAGUAAACUUUUUCCUUGUUUUUCAUCUCCGACCAUAGCGGUAUGGCUCGAGAAGAUAAACCUCCCAGGACUCUUGGCACGUGUUUGAGUAACUUCAAUGUGGUGACGAUUUUCUAUAUUAAAAAAAAGUGAAAAACUGACUGUGGAAUUUUAGGUGGCUUAACAUUUUAUAGGGGUAUGUCAUAUUUGUUAAAGUAAAAUCAAUUAAAACGAUAAAAUGCAUAAAAAUAUUAAAUACAAAAAAAGAGAGAGGCUCUUCCUUUUUUCUCGCACAGGACUUGUACAAACACACCCAUGUACAAAGGAGGACCCCUUUUGUGGGCCACGUACUUUUACCCUUUCGGCUACAUAGCGUCUUUACGGUACAUGCUUCUGGGGGGGGGUCCAGUGGAUGGGCCGGGGUGGGGGGGAGGGGGGAGGGUACUCUUUUGGCUUCCUCUGGAGGCGGGGCUUUUAAAAAGGUUGAAUCUACCUGUUGCAUGGGAGAGAGCAGGGCAUUCUGGUCUAGAGCUGCAUGAUGUAGGCAAUGUGUAUUAAACCCCAUGUCGGAAGCUGUGUUCCAAACUACCAGGCCGAAACAACCGAUUAAGACAACAUGUACAGGCAGGUGAUACCGGGGCUGUCUGAUACCUUCCAGUUGUUCAUUAUUUGUUGUAUACACAAAAUGCACUGAAUAAAAUGUUUAUAUUAAGAUAUACUUUUAAAA